GGCAGUAGUGAGGCAGUGGGCCAACGCGCCACUCACGGAAAAGCAGCGCGUUGUGGACAUAGGCGCUGAUGUAGUAGCUGAAUACUGCGCUCGCUGGCAUCUUGAGGAACACGUUCAUCCACAAACACAUGCUGAAGGAGGCGAGAGCAGCGCAGUCACUCGCCUCACACGUCAUGCCGUCCAUGCCACUCGCGUCCACGAUGGCACUGGUGUUGAGAACGGAGGCGAGGCGCGGCAGGAGGAACAUCGUGCCGUCGUCGGGGCGUCCGUUCUCAGCAAGGGUGUGCACGAGCAUUGCAACGGUGCUUCAGUCUUCGCCAGGAAUAAAGGUUUCCCUCCCCGUCAUCACCCUCGUCCCCCGCCCUGCCUGCCUCCCCCACCAGGCUGCACACCAGCACACAGCAGCAGGUGCAGGACACACUCACACAGCUGGAGAAUCUGUGGGAUGACCUGGGGCUCAGCGAGGACCAGAGGAGAGACAGAAAGCGCAUCUUUUACGGUCAUAUCUCAAACCUGCUUGAGAAGAUCUAUAUGGAUGAGCGCGCCUUGAAGUCACGGAUCGUCAACCAGAUUGAACACAACACCAUCGAGAUUGUCAAGCUGUGUCAGGAGUUACUUAUAGAGCCUGAGGAUGCAGUGGACGGCCUCACACUGCUGGACCUGGAUGCUGUGAUGCAGGAGCGCCUAGAGAAACUACAGCAGACCAAGAAAGAGCGACAAGAGACACUCAGGAACCUGCAGGAGAAGGAUGAGGGUCUGUGUGAGUUGUUGUGUGAGGAGCCCUUCUACAUCCCCUCUGACUUGACACCUUCCCUGGAGCAGCUCAAGGCCGUGGAGGAACACAUCAGGGCCAUGGAGGAGCUCAAGGAUGAGCGGGAGGCGACAUACAAGAAACUGAAGUGUGGCUUGCUUAGCUUCCUGGAGCAGCUGGAGCAGUCCCCAGAGGAUUCCUUCACUCGGGAGGUGGUCUGCUCCGAUGACGAGGACAUUUCCCUCGACCAGGCCACCAUUCAGCGGCUCAGGUCGGUGCACUCUGAUCUCGAGUUCCAAGUGAAGGAGAACAUAGCCAAGUCGCUGGACCUGAGAGAGCGAAUAACAAGCCUCUGGGCACUGCUGGAGGUGUCUGAGGUGGACCGGCAAGCCUUCCUGGCCACUGCCCCUGGACACACACCUUCCAGCCUGGCCAAGCUGGAUGAGGAGCUGGAGCGUGUGAAGGUGCUGCGUCUCCACAAUCUGGCACUGUUUGUGGAGAAGAUGCACAAGGAGCUGACCGUGUGGUGGGACAAGUGUUAUGUGGGCCAAGAGGAGCAGGACAGGAUCAAAGCUAUGACUGCGGAUGACGUGGGAGAAGAUGUGCUGUCGCUGCUGGAAGGGGAGGUGGAGCGCUGGAAAAACUACUACAAUGAGAAUGAAGAGUUGCUCUCCACUGUAAACCACUUCCUCUCCCUCUUCAACCACAUGCUGGAGCUGAGGAACCGUGACAAGGACCCCUCGCGCCUCUUCAACACUCGUGGUGGUGCGUUGCUGCAAGAGGAGAAGGCCAAGAAGAAAGUCAGGAAUGAACUGCCUCGUGUGCAGAAGCGGCUGGAGACCCUGGCAGUGGCAUGGCAGAAGCACAACAACACUCCUUUCCUGGUGCACGGGGAGGAACUGAUGACUUACCUCGACCACCUGUGGGGCACACAUGAGAAGCAAUGGGAGGUGGAGAAGGCAAAGAGGGUACAUGCCAAGGAGGGCCCAGGGAAGCCAGGCAGGGUGGUGCCUCAACCCAAGACACCAGUGGCCUCCAGGAAGAGAGGCAUGGAUGGGGAGGAGCCAGCCAGCAGCAAACGAGCUAAACAGUUGCUGCCACCACCUAGAAAUGUGUCUCCCACCAAGCGCUCCCCUAGCAAGACACCCCGAGGCAGACCACUGGCAGAGCUGAACCGUGCCCCUCCUACCUACGUCCCUGCCAUGGAAGACGAUGCCUCCUUGCAGUCCAUCACCUAUGAUAAGUUCAAGGCUGACAUUACGGAGGCACGGCGAGGUGCUGUGGUCCACUCGUCCAUCCUAGAAGAGGCCAUAACAAAGCCACAGUUCUCCCAACACCCACAGAACCAGGGCAGGCGAUUCAGGGACGCCCUCCACUUAGCCUCACCCACUAAGGGCAGCAAACGCCGGCCCUUCCUGCACUCUCUGUCCCCCAUGAAGAGUCCCGCCCUGCGCCGCACCACCUCACAACCUUGCCUUGGUCCUAACAGUCCUCGCUUCUAUUCCAACAGGGACCGGCCACUCAGGUUUCUCAUUUAGGCGAGUUCCUGUCUCGCUCUGGGUCUAAGUUUUCUGGUUCCUCUGGUGUGUCAUUGCUGCUUGAUCAGCUUGGUCCUGGAUCUUGUCUAUCUGUCUCUGUACUAUGCUAAGAUUCUUAUAGGAAGCUGCAUUAGACAUGUUUUAUUUAAGCGUAUUUCAAUCUUGCUCUGUCUUUAGGUUUUCUGGUUCCUCUCUGGUGCGUCAUUACUACUUGAUCGAUUUUGUGUCAUAUUUUGCCUAUAUAUUUGUAUUCUUUGUUACCUGUGGCAAGACUUCAUCUAGGUGAGCUCCAGUCUUACUCUACAUUCUGCUGCUUGAUUUAUGUUGCCUUACAUUUUACCUAUCUGUCUGUGUACCAUGCUGUCAUAAUAGGAAGGCUGCUACAAGAUAUCACACCUUUCUAUUUGUUUUGUUGUGUUCUUAUAAAGGAAAUUUAUUGUUGUUAUUGGUUGUGUGCUAUGUUCAGGUUCACAUGGUCACAUGCUAAGGUUUGUUUGUUACUUUAUAUGAAGCUGCACAGUCAUUCCAGAACUUUCAUGUGUACACACAAAGAUACACGUUAUUUAUUACAGCACGUGCAUAGACUGUGUGGGACAGUGUUGAUAUAGGAUGUAAUCUGAUACAUAAUCAUAACACAUUGCUCAGGUAAAUAUGCCAAGAGUACUUUUUUGUCAUCAUCCAGGUUCCACAUCAAAGCCUUAGUAUUUCUUGACAAUAACUCAAUUAACAAGUUAUAUUUAUGUCACACAAAGCACAUACAGUGAUCGUGCAUUUAAUCUGUUAAUGUUUUAUGGAAUGAAAUUUUGAGAGAACAAAAAUCAAAUAAGUAUUAGACAGAGUUGCGUGCGUCAUGAAGUUCUCUGUAAUAUACAACCAUACAUGCCUCAUUCUUUGUCUUGAAGAAUAAAAGUAGCAAAAAGUUUAGAGGAAUAUAUUUUAAAGACAAAACUACAUUCUGUCAUAAAAUAUACAGUAACAUAGAACUAUGCAUACAUUUGCUCUCGUUUAUAUAUGAUUAGCCUGAGUUUUAAGACAAUGCAUAGAGAGGACAGCUAUCAGACAGACAAAGCUUCACUCAAGUGGUAAAAGACAAGAGUCAAUUAGCAUUAUUUCACAAGGUAAAUUUUUGUUCUUAUGAAUUUUGAGAUGACGGAAUACAUAAUGAGAAUUAAUAAAAGUCACAAAACUACACAAGGUCACAUUCUUAGCACUAGAUGACCACAUAGUUAACUUUUUUAUUAUUCUAAUGCUGCAUUGAAUCAACAAAAGCAUAAUACUAUAUUCCUGUCAUAAAAUGCAUAACAAGUUCCAUAUAAGCACAUUCAAUUAACUUUUGUCCUUUUUGUUGACUAUCUCUUUCCACCAGGGACUGACAGGGCUGAGUGUGAAUGACGGGUGUGGGAGUGUGUGGUGCUUGGUCUGGACCUUCCUUUAUGGGGUUGCUGGCCUGGUAUAGAGAUAGACAGAUAGAUAGUUGAUAUGAUUGUUUACGGUAGAUUGACAGCUGUGAAGGAAGGUAGCAAGUUGAUUACUGUGGGUGGUUUAUAUCCCAAAAUGAGAAGGUAGGGGAAGGUAUGUUACCCAAUUAAUCUGGUAAUCCAAAUUUUGAAAUGGAUGUGAAAAAGUAGGAUGUAUAGUAUAAGAGUAUUUUAUUGUAUUACAAGUAACAAGUAUAUGCUACACACACACACACACACACACACACACACACACACACACACACACACA